AUGUUGACCAAAGAAGUCUUUGAAUCUCUCAAAUUGGAGAAAAGAGACCACGUUGUCGUCGUCGGGGUUGAGGCGCAUAUUUGCGUCUCGCAGACUGCUUUUGAGUCACAAAAACACGGCUACAAAGUCGUAGUCCUCGCAGACGCUGUGUCGUCAACGUCUCCUCAGGAGCGCAAUCUGGCGUUGCGGCGGAUGCUUGCUUCUGGUAUAUCAUCGCUGCUUACCAAAAUGGAUUCUUCAAGAGCUGACGUAGCUGAUGCCAUGUUAUCUGAAAAUUUGGUGGUUCUUAAUCCGUUGAAUGGUGGUGGUGUAUCUGGAAAGAAACGAUUUCCGGUCAUAGUCCGGAGAGACGAUCGCUCAGCCGUAGGCGGUCCUGAUCCUCCAACGAAGAUGGGAUCGUAUAACGAUUCACACACAGGAGCACCCGAUCAAGAACGCUCAGCACCGAUUAUAUACACGCUGACAUCUGAUACUGAAAGUGAGGGCGGUGUAAUACAACCCCCGGACACGUCACGAACGCCCUGUAAUGUGCUGGAUAGUAAAGGGUAUUAUCCUACCCCUAGCCCGCUACAUGCUCAACUCCCAAAUAACGACAAUGGGAGCAAAUCUGUUGUUACAACAUACUCGAGCGCCGAAAGUGUUGUGACAGAUUCUGAGGCGGAGGAUGACAAUUACACGACGUCGAGAAUCCAACGCCUGAAAGACAAAAUCCAGGACCUGGAAGAUAAACGCAAGCAAAGACAAUUGAGAGCAACGCAACAAACGCAGAUGGAGCCUUCGAGGUAUCAGAUACUAUAUCGUCUGGGUUAUGAAGUCCGGCCGAACGUACGCGGAACGUCAAGCGACGAAUACUCGUCAGACUCCGACAGCGAUGAGCCGUACCGACAAGCCAAUGAUAGGUACCAAGUAUCGCCAGCCAUCAGGGUCAGAUCGCUUAAUACCUUCACGGAUCCACCAGUUGUGACGCAUGAUCGUUGGGGGAAUACCUCGCUGCAAUGCAGUCGUCGAGUAAGCAGGUUGGACCAUUUCUUGAGAUCAAAUCCCGACAUCUCCUUUGUGGUCUUUCACGACUAUAAUCGAUUCCAAGGAGUGAGAACAAAUGAGUCCAAAUCAAGCUGCGAAGAUGAAGAAGUUGAUCAGCCAACGUGCGGUGCUAAAAGCAUUUAUCCAGUCUCCAAAGAGUUGAAAACAGCUUUGGAAAUGAUACUCGAUGACAAAAAGGAGUAUAGUAGCAUGCUCAGCAGAUAUUGGGCCAAAAAUGAGCUUUCUGCGCCCUACUUGUUCAUUUACCAUAGCAGGCAGGAGAUACAAAAGAUCAAAGAAAGGCUUUCAAAGCCGGCUCAAGAUCAACUCGAUCUUUUCCUGGGGUAUGUGAUGAAAGAGUUUGGGGAGGAGUACAACGCGGUGGAUACCCUUCUCCAACGCAAAGAGAUCCUGCCCCAGUAUCUGCAGUAUCUUGUCAAAAAGAAUGACAUUCUGGUCGAAAACAAGAACGGUGAAUAUACAGCCUAUAGGGCUGAAUCAUGGCCCGUUGAAAGUAUACGAACAACCCCAAAUCCGUCAAUUGCCACCAAAUACGACAUGCCGGGCAAUGCAUACGAGUCACCACAAGAACUCGGUGUUUCUUCCAAGUGGAUGUUGAAUGGAUUUACCUGGGGGUUUGAUGGUGGCUUCUUUGGGCGAUGGAAGCAGCUCAAACUUGAGAUGUCCCUGGAUGUAUCGUUACCAGGAGCUAUUGGAGACAGUACAGAAACAAGGCAGCUUCAAGGCCAGCCUAUUUCGGACUUGGCUGUUUUCCCACUUUGCUACGCUCCAGAACACAUACAGAAAAUGCUUUACCAUCGGGGGGAAAUCUUAUGGAAAUGUCGCGUGCGGCAGCUAGUUUCUUAUCAGACCAACGAACAAGACCUAAUUGGUAAUGGGAUGGAACAACAUUACAUGAUUGAUAUGAAAGCAUAUCAAAGCCUCCAUCCCAACAGCAAAAAGACGGGUAUCCAUACAGUGUAUCGCCCGUACUCCCUUCCACCGAAAAAACUACUUAGCAAGAAAAAGAUGGUCCGAAACAAUCUUCCUCGAGACGAUUUCACAGUGCUCAUGCCUCCGAGAAUCAAAGGAUACAACUUCUACCAGAACAAAUGGUGCGACCUGAACGUCGAUCAGAUCUCAGAUGUAGUUUGGCGAGGAGAAGCAUUCCCCGCAUUGCACACUUUGCAAAUAGAUUAUGAGGCAAAGGACCUCCUUCAUGCGCUGGUCAGCAAUUACCUGGAGAGUACAAACUCACAGGAUCUAGAUGCCGGGAAAGGUAACAGUCUUACUCUCUUACUCCACGGUGGUCCUGGAACAGGAAAGACGCAUACGGCAGAGAACAUUGCCGAGAUUGCAAAGAAGCCACUAUACAGGGUGACCUGCAGCGACCUGGGGACGAAAGCAGAGGUGGUAGAACAGAAUCUCGAAUCUGCAUUCUAUUUGGCACGUAUCUGGGGCUGCGUGGUGCUCCUUGACGAGGCUGAUAUCUUUCUCGAACAAACAAGCCUAAGGGAUCUAGAGCACAAUGCACUGACAGCUGUAUUCUUGCGAAUGACGAAAUCCUACAAUGGCAUCGUGAUUCUAACGAGCAGUCGCGUCAGCAGAUUCAACGAGGCGGCCCGAUCUCAUAUCAAUCUUGCGCUUCACUAUCCUGCCCUGACUUCGCAUCAACGAUACUUUAUCUGGAAGCAAUUUUUAUCUCAGCUGGAGUUCUCAGAGACAGAUGCAGAUAUCUCGGAUCUUUAUGAACGUGCAGAGAGCUUGGGAGGUGAAAAGCUGAACGGAAGACAAAUCAGAAACAUUUUAACUAAUGCAUGUCGAUAUGCGAGAUGGAAGAAAGUGCCGCUUAGUUACUAUCGAAUUAAGCAUUUGAUUGAGGUGUCGGAGCGAUUUGGCACAUUCUUUGGGAAUCGUGACGAUGAUGAUGCACAGGACGAGUUGGCUCUUGAUGAAUGGUUGCACUGA